CAACACAUGUUUGGCAUAAACAAAUCAAAAAGUAGCGAUAAGGCUUUAGAAACCGAAGGCAUAAAAAUAUUCCCUACAUCUUAUCAAAACAAAAAUAAAUAACAACAAAACACGGAAAGAGAAAUAACGUCAUGGAAAGAACACACCUUCAGUUUCACAUUUCUGCUCGACAUGGCAACUGAAAUACAACUGACAAAAAUCGAAGAUAUACAGGAUCUAAAGGAUCUGCAGAGCCUGUAUCUGAAGGAUUGGCCCAGGCAUUGCGUGGGCUACUUCUGGCUGGAUAACUAUCUGAGAUGGCUGAUCAAAAAUUCCAAUUUAAGUCAUUUAGCCUUUUAUACUCUGGAUAAUGAUUGGCAAGGCGAUGGCUUGUUUUUAUUGGUGCAUCGCUAUCAACUAUUUUUUAGCAACCUGAGCAGAGAGAAAUCAAAUCUGAAGCUAGCUCUAAGGUUAUUGGAUUGGUCAGGAGGCUAUAAAGUCAGUGCUAUACACAAGAUGCAUCACAGAAUCUACAAGGAUCUGGUUUCAGAGCUUAGCCUGACCAUGGAUCGUGAGAUGAAUACGAAUAUGUAUAUUCUGAGUUGCGAGAAGGCCCAGAAAUUAGAUAUAGAGUGCCCCAAGGGAUAUUAUCUGGAUAAAGUUAGAUUGCAGCAUGCUGACCUUAUAAAUGAUUUAUGGUCAGCGCGUCAUCCUGGCUCCCUGAAGCUCAUACAAAUGUUAAUUGAAAAUAACACCAAUAUUGGUUUAUAUGAAGAGAAGACGGGCGAGCUAUGUGCCUGGUGUUUGAGACUCCAAAGCGGAUUUCUAGGUGCCUUGGAGGUAAUCUCAACCCACCAACGUCGUGGCUUGGGCCUACUAGUUGCCGCUGCCAUUGCCAAGGCUAUAGCCACCGAUCUUCAGCAGGAUGUUACGGCCUUAGUAAAUAUGAAUAAUGCAGCUGCCUGUCGGGUAUUCGAGAAAUUGGGCUUUCAGUUAAUGCCUGGGGAGCACUACUACUGGAGCAUGAUAAAGCCAAGAGCUGGUGGUCAGAUAUCUUGGCCCAACAAUGAAUAAUACAUAUGAAUAUAUAUAAGCCAGACGGCAAUUAGACAGUCUGAGAUAGAGAAAUCCAAAGA